AUGUGCUUCAUACUUAAGCUGUGCUUGGCUUCAUUUCUUUCCGGCUUUGUACAUACAACUAUGGCUCUCUUGCAUAGAUUCCAAGCGAUUGCUCGUCGAUCAGCCACUUCCUACAGUCGCAAUGCCUUGCAACGCACGCCCCUUCGAAGCUACUCCAGCUCAGCUUCGGUUGAUGGGACUCUGCCUUUAGCGGGGAUCAGAGUGCUCGAUAUGACGCGUGUUCUGGCUGGUCCAUACUGUACUCAAAUAUUGGGCGAUCUAGGAGCGGACGUCAUCAAGGUUGAGCACCCUGUGCGCGGCGAUGAUACCAGAGCCUGGGGCCCUCCAUAUGCAAAGUAUGAAGACGCAACCAAAACAGGCCCUGGUGAAAGUGCCUAUUAUCUAGCAGUCAACCGGAACAAGAAAUCGCUUGGUCUAUCUUUCCAGCACAAAUCAGGCGUUGAGAUCCUCCACAAACUCGCUAAAGAAUGCGAUGUCUUGGUCGAGAACUAUCUCCCGGGAGGACUCAAAAAGUACGGCAUGGACUAUGAAACCCUCCAAAAGAUCAACCCCAAGUUGAUCUACGCCAGCAUCACCGGGUAUGGCCAGACAGGUCCAUACAGCAACCGAGCCGGCUACGACGUCAUGGUUGAAGCCGAGAUGGGGCUGAUGCAUAUCACCGGCGCUCGUGAUGGUGCGCCGGUAAAAGUCGGUGUGGCCGUCACUGAUUUGACCACUGGGUUGUACACAUCAAAUGCGAUCAUGGCGGCUUUGAUCGCUCGUGGUCGAACCGGCAAGGGUCAGCAUAUCGAUGCUUGUCUCAGUGAUUGUCAGGUUGCGACUUUAUCCAACUUGGCUAGCUCGGCGCUCAUCAGUGGGCAGAAGGACUCUGGCCGAUGGGGGACUGCACACCCAUCCAUUGUGCCUUACCGAAGCUACAAAACCCAGGAUGGAGACAUUCUCUUCGGUGGUGGUAAUGACAAGCUUUUCGGCGUGCUGUGUGAUCGAUUAGGUUUCUCUGAGUGGAAAACGGAUGCUCGCUUCGUCACGAACAGCGACAGAGUGCAGCACCGCGCGGAAAUCGAUAGCAUGAUCGAAAACACCACUGUCCAGAAGACAACCCAGGAAUGGUUAGAUAUCUUCGAAGGUAGCGGUAUGCCCUACGCGGCAGUCAACGAUAUCCAAGGAACACUCAAUCAUAAGCAUGUUCUGGCACGAGAUAUGGUGACUGAAGUCGAACACCCUGCUUGUGGGCCCAUCAAGCUAGUCAACACCCCCAUCAAGUACUCGGAAGCGAAACCGGGAGUGCGAUCACCUCCUCCCACACUAGGCCAACACACAGAUGAGAUUUUGGGUAGUAUCUUGGAGUAUAGCGAGGCUGACAUUGCCCGCCUGAAGGAUGAGGGAGUUCUGUCCUAA